UCUCGGCUCUUCCUCGGUCGCGCUCUCCCAGCAACACGGUCCGCCGAGAUGCCGCAUUUUCUUUGAUUCCUUGCAGGAAUCUUCCGUCGAAUUCGACGCUUUGAUUCUCUGCAAUCUCUCUCUCUUGGAGUCGUGAUCCGCCCUCGUUCGAUGAGCUCGACUCGUUCAUGCUACGAUAUCUUGUUAAUCCGAAGGAGGAGGAUGCGUCUUUGUAGCUCCCUACUGAAGAACUGUUGUUCCCUUUUAUUUCUUUUACUUUGAUUUGGUUGCGAGGCUUCAGAGAUUCCCGGCUCUGCUUCGUUUAGUUCCCAUUCGUCGCAUCGAAGUUUCUACUUGUGAUUGCUUUCGUCUCUCUUUCGUGCACCCUGUCAUCGUUCCGAUGGGCCCUUUUCUUUUUCUUUCCUCAAUAUGUUGUCUCUUCCCCUCUUCAUCGUUGAACUCGGCUCUUUCAAGCUCGGACAUCUCGUUAUUCUGAAGGAAAAAUUGGGUCUUUGUAGCUCCUUUUACUGUUGGUCGUUGUUUUGGUCGUAAAGCUUCAGCAUUCCCGAUACUGUUUCGUUAUAUUCCAUUCAUUACAGCGAAAUUUGUUCUCGCUGAUUUUCUUGAUCUUUGUUGCGGACCAAUUUCCCUUUUAUUGCUGUUCUAUCUGUUGACUCACAGCUUCCCAAGUUCGCAAUGUUGUACGUUUUAUUGGCUUUAUGACCUGGAAAAACCUUCCUUUGCUCCAAUCUUGUAGUUAGAUUGCCAUUGCGAAAUCAAAGCACUAACUUUCUUUUUAAACAUCCCUUUUCUACAAAUUUGGCUGAUUUAGGAAGUGUUCUCAAUUCUAUUUUUUGCUUGGUUGCAUUAGCCCUUUCGAGCUUGUAACUUCCUUUCCAAGUUUUCACUAAUCUUGCCAACUUUCUUGACAUUCUCUUCAACCAUGGAUCCUAAUCUGAACCCAGUGAAAGAGGAACAUCAGGAGUUCUCUGAUGCAUCCGCCUCUUCUACCGAUGUCGCCAUGGAUCCUCCUAAGCCAUUGGAUGGACUGCACGAUGUUGGUCCACCACCUUUCCUUAUGAAGACUUACGAGAUAGUUGAUGACCCCAGCACCGAUCAAGUUGUUUCAUGGAGCCCGAGGAACAACAGCUUUGUGGUCUGGAACCCUCACGCAUUCGCGAUGACUCUGCUCCCAAGAUACUUCAAGCACAACAACUUCUCCAGCUUUGUCCGACAACUGAAUACCUAUGGUUUCAGGAAGGUGGAUCCAGAUAGAUGGGAAUUUGCUAAUGAGGGGUUUCUCAGAGGCCAGAGGCACCUCCUCAAGACCAUAAAGAGGAGAAAGCAAGUCUCUUAUCCUCCUUUGCAGCAGCAGCCUCUCUCUUCCUUUCUUGAGGUGGGAGAAUUUGGGUUGGAAGGGGAAAUCAACAGGUUAAAACGUGACAAGCAAUUGUUAUUGACAGAACUCGUGAAGCUGAGACAGGAGCAGCAGAACACAAGAAACCAUCUCAAAGAUAUGGAAGAGAAGGUACUUGCAACAGAACAGAAACAGCAGCAAAUGAUGACAUUCUUAGCCCGGUUUAUGCGGAACCCCAGCUUCCUACAGCAGUUAGUUGAGCAAAAAGAGAGGAUUAAAGAGCUUGAAGAGGCCAUUUCUAAGAAACGAAGACGACCGAUAGAUAGAGCUCCUGAGAAUGAUGAUGUGGGCACAAGCGGAAACCCAAAACUGAAUAUUUCUACUAAGAUUGAAGCCGAGGAUAUGCAUGACUUCCAUGUGGAGGAGGUCUCAAGUUUGGGUAGUCUGGCUCUAGAGAUACAGGAACUGGUCGACGAGAACAAUCAAGAACAGUUUGAGCUGCAAGAUGUCAAAUCAGAUGGGGAGCUGAACGAUGAAUUUUGGGAGGACUUGCUAAAUGAAGGGAUCGAUGGUGAGAAAGGUAGAUUUGAAACUGAGUCUGGAGGUAACGAGGUUGUGAAUAUGUUGGCUGACAAAUUAGGCUUUCUUAGUUCCACCAAUCCCAGAUAGGGUGGCAAUUCAAUAGUUCGUAUCUUGGUUGGAGUCUUUCUACCUUCCCUGCAUUGGUUCAAUUAAUCUAAAGACACCCUUCUGCACAUCAUUUUCUCAUUUCCUACAUGGUGAUAUCGUUCAUGUUGUACAUCAGAAUAUGGAAAUUUAGGCCCAAAUUUCUUACAUGGAAUAGAUUUUAUUGAACCAUUCAUCGUGAUGCCGCAUCACAUCAUCUUUGGGGUCUUCACAUGUACCAUUAUAUCAUGAAAUUCAAUUAUUUUGUUGCUGUAAUCUAGUCAGACCCCUUUCAUUGCAGUGCUAUUGAUUAAACAUGGGAGGAUCCUCCUCCCAUGAUUUAUCUGCUCCUAGUUGGCAAAAACUAAAUUCUGAUGGAAAUUGUGAUAUGUAUUUAUAGUUGUACUAGGGAGUCAAGGGAAAGAUCUUUCUUGUUUAAAAUAUUCUGGUGGAGAUUAACUGGAUCAUUUUUGUUGACGUUUCUGGUUAUCAUUAUCUGCAACAAGGUUGUUGAUUUUGUUAAAUAUUUAAACCUGUGGUGAUUACAAGUUUAGUAGUUUGAUAAAAUUCAAUAAUUCAAAUUACCACAUGUGGACAGACACAUAAAAAAUAAGGGUGUUUCUGAUGGUGCAUAUUAUUUAGAUUUUUGGAUUGACAAGCACGCCAACUCAUGUGUCUCAUGAACUCAGAAACAUGACACUGCUAAGCUUCAAUAUAUACCAGUCUUACAUAGAAUCGAUUUGGUACAACUUUCAAACAGGCAAACAGAACAAUUUGCAUAUUGUUGUCCAGGCAGAUGAGCAGGAAUUCCUAAGCUGAGAGACUACCAUGACGAGGGGGAGUGUUCGCAUGCUUCCAACUGAAUGAUGCAACAGAAGCAUAGGUUGUGUGACCUACCACUUCAUCUCUGGGGACUGCAUCAGAUAUUUCUUUCAGGUCUUUGCUUGUGAGCUUCACUUUCAGAAGUGACAACAUUGUCAUCCAAGUUCUUGAACUUGGUUGUACCUGAUAUUAUUCACAACAUCAGGUGCCAGACAAAUGUGUAAUAUACCAGUGCAUAAUGGCAUCAUGAAUUUAUCUGUGCAGCAACCAGAGGAUCAUAACCCAGCAAAAAAUGCUUGAUAUGUCAGAACUGAGAUUCCUGAACAAAAUAUAAUCUUCUUCAAGCAGAGGGAGGACAUGACCUUUGAUUUUAGUAUAAAACAGGUUUUUCUGUAAACUUACCAGGGAUAGGAGCCACAUCAUCUCCUUGGUGAAGGAGCUAAGCCAGAGCCAGUCGUGCAGGUGUACAGUGAUGCUUCACAACCAACUUCUCUAAUCCUCUAAGAGUCUCUUGUUCUUUUCCAAGAUUUCUCCAGUGAACCUUGGAUGCCAAUUCUGAGAGAAAUUCAUGGAUGGUUAUCAGUUGACAGGCUGUUCUUAUAGCACUGAAACAUUCAGCCAAGAAUCCGUGACCGAUAGGACCUUAUGGGACAAUUCCAAUGUCAAAUUCUCGACCGGAUAAAUUCAGGUCCUAUGUGGCUACAAAGGUCACGGGAAGGUCGAUCUUUUGUGAGCAGGUAUCACAAGGAUGUUGAAUGGCUUUGGUAAAUCCAACUAACUCCAUGACAAUUGGUCUGUCUGUUACACAAAUAGAGAUCUUCUAGGUUUUGUUACUUACAGUUUCCUCAAUUGGCACCAUCUUGUCGCGGUGUAAAGCUCUCGUUUCAGCAAGCCCGUAAAUGUUGAAGGUGUCGAAGAAGGUGAUGCCACUCUCAAAAGCAUGCUUGAUGAUGGACAUCCCAACCUCAGUCACUCACUGGUGCAUUGAAUAUCCCACUGAGACCCAUGCACCCAAAUCCUAGCUUCGACACCUGCAUGAAAAUAAAUGAAGCAAAAAGAGAAGAUUGCCCAAGAGAUCAACAUUAACAUCAUGCAGGAAGCAUCUCCCUUCAGCUUAUCAGAGAAGGUGUGAUCUCUAGUCCUUGGGAACCCAACUUCACUCUGGGGGGUCUGAAUCUUGUCCUGCAACUCCAUUUUUAGUCACUGAAUGAUUCCUCAGCUACAGAUUGAUGAUGCCACCCUAUAUAUAUUUAUAUAUAGGACAAAGAAUGUUUUAAAGACUGAAGUUUUAUGCUUCCUACAUCAUCUUUUGGCUGUCGGCAACCAAUACAGAAUAAGAGGCAGGCAAGAAAUGACUUGUAAGAGAGUUGUCUGACGUGUUUCAGCGAGCUCAUGGCCUCUGUAACCAUCCAUUAACAAGGCAGCCAUGGCCAUGAAUUCAAAGAUCACAUUGGAAGGACAGAAUUUUCUGGUGAUUGACUUCAACAAGCUGUAAUCUACCACAUGCAGCUCAACCAAAUCACAAGUAGCACAAGUGUGUUACUAACAAAAGUGCAUCAGUACAGCAGACUAAGCAAUAUUGUCUUUGGAGGAUCUAGAAUUGCUGGUGAUUGACUUCAACAAGCUGUAAUCUACCACAUGCAGCUCAAUCAAAUCACAAGUAGCACAAGUGUGUUACUAACAAAAGUGCAUCAGUGCAGCGGACUGUAAGCAGUAUUGUAUUUGGAGGAUCCUAGAAUUUGUUGGUGCCUCUCAUAAUGUGUUCUGUGGCAUUGAGCAGACUGUAAGCAAUCUUGUAUUUGGAGAACACUAGAAUGUGUUGGUGCCUGUCAUGAGGUGUUUCUUGACAUUGUGAA